AGAAAUCAUCCGCCUUCUUUAUUUACCUCAAAAUACUUCGAGACUAAUUACAAAACUAUUUAUAAGAUAAAUGUUCAAUUCGCGAGGAAGAUUUUAUUAUUCUACGCGUUAUUAACGAUGGGUUGUUGUUAUAGUUUUUUCUGCAAAGAGGACACUACGUCUCAGAAUGGAGAACCGAGCGAAAGAACACAUUUACUUGAAAAUACCGCGGUGAAUAACACUUCUAUACAAAGAAUUAACAGUGAAGAUUUAUUGAGUAACGAUUCAAAUACGUUUACUAAAAAGACUGAUGAACAAUCUGCAUUGAAUAAGAUUUUGCAAGAAACUGCGACAAAUGUUAUUGAUGUAGCAGCUUUAGAUUCACAUAAUCUUCAACACCACGAUUACAUCGAUCGAUCAAAACAGUACAGAGUUAAAGUCCAACAAAUAUGUUCUAAUUAUAGGUUACCGCCAAAAAAAAAUAAUUUUUUGUUAAAAGAUAUUCCAAACCCUGAAAAUAUCUUAUCAACGGAAUCAAUUAGUAAAGAUGAAGCCCAAUUUAUCACAGCAUCAUUAUCAAAAGCUAUAGCGGCCAUAAACGACAUUAAAAUUGAACAUAAAGAAGACUUGGUGGUACUGUUUCGAGUCCCUUAAUAAAAUAUAUUAACAAAUAGCACUUUUGGGGCACAUUAUUAAAGCAACGUCAACUGGUUAUGUUUAUUAUUUGUUGUAGCGUAUGAAUGUACAUAAUGUGAUAUUUUUAAAGUAAUUAAUAAUGUACUCCUUUAAAAAUUACAAAUAUGUCUUUGUGUUUUCAAUUUGUCUGUAAUCUAAAUGACUCACUAUGGUUUUUUUUUUAAUUAAGGCUUCUUUAUUUGCUUGUUCUUUUGGUGUUGGUAUGUCAAUAACUUUAAAAUCGAUUAUUUAUGGCGAUUUUAAGUUGUAUUUGACGUAUUUAUAUAAGUUCAAGAUUCAAAUAAUUAUUGUACAUUGUUUAACUAAAUAAAAAUUUAUAAAUGCA